AUGAAUGUGACAGAGAGCACCUCAGUUCCUUUCCUCCCAACCUCGGGUACAGCAGUGCUCACAUCUACCUUCUCCUUUGUGGAUUACGUGGUGUUUGCCUUGCUGCUGGCUCUCUCCCUAGCCAUUGGGCUCUACCAUGCUUUUCGUGGCUGGGGCCGCCAUACCAUCGGCCAGCUGCUCAUGGCGGACCGCAAGAUGGGAUGCUUUCCUGUGGCACUGUCCCUGCUGGCCACCUUCCAGUCAGCUGUGGCUAUCCUGGGUGUGCCAUCCGAAAUCUACCGAUUUGGGACCCAGUAUUGGUUUCUGGGCUGCUCCUAUUUCCUGGGGCUGCUGAUCCCUGCCCACAUCUUCAUCCCUGUCUUCUACCGCCUGCAUCUCACCAGUGCCUAUGAGUACUUGGAGCUCCGAUUCAAUAAAGCAGUACGGGUUUGUGGAACUGUGACCUUCAUCUUUCAAAUGGUGAUCUACAUGGGGGUUGUGCUCUAUGCUCCAUCAUUGGCCCUCAAUGCAGUGACGGGUUUUGAUCUGUGGCUGUCAGUGCUCACCCUAGGCGUUGUCUGUGCUGUCUAUACUGCUCUGGGUGGGCUGAAGGCUGUCAUCUGGACAGAUGUGUUCCAGACAUUGGUCAUGUUCCUAGGGCAGCUGGCGGUUAUCAUCGUGGGCUCGGCUAAGGUGGGCGGCUUAGGCCGUGUGUGGGAGGUGGCUUCCCAUCAUGGCCUCAUCUCUGGGAUUCAGCUGGAUCCAGACCCUUUUGUGCGGCACACCUUCUGGACCCUGGCCUUUGGGGGUGUCUUCAUGAUGCUCUCCUUGUAUGGAGUGAACCAGGCCCAGGUGCAGCGGUACCUCAGCUCCCGCACAGAAAAGGCUGCUGUACUCUCCUGCUAUGCGGUGUUUCCCUGCCAGCAGGUGGUCCUCUGCAUGGGCUGCCUCAUUGGCCUAGUUAUGUUUGCCUAUUACCAGGAGUAUCCCAUGAGCACCAAGCAGACCCAAGCAGCCCCUGACCAGUUUGUCCUGUACUUUGUGAUGGAUCUCCUGAAAGGCCUGCCGGGCCUGCCUGGGCUCUUUGUUGCCUGCCUCUUCAGUGGCUCCCUCAGCACCAUAUCGUCAGCUUUUAAUUCAUUGGCAACUGUUACGAUGGAAGAUCUGAUUCGACCCUGGUUCCCUGAGUUGUCUGAAGCCCAGGCCACCAGGCUUUCCAAAAGCCUUGCCUUUGGCUAUGGACUGAUUUGUCUGGGAAUGGCCUAUAUUUCCUCCCAAAUGGGACCUGUGCUGCAGGCAGCAAUCAGCAUCUUUGGCAUGGUCGGGGGGCCGCUGCUUGGACUCUUCUGCCUUGGGAUGUUUUUUCCUUGUGCCAACCCCCCUGGAGCCAUCGUGGGCCUGUUGGCUGGACUCAUCAUGGCCUUCUGGAUCGGCAUUGGGAGCAUAGUGACCAGCAUGGGCUACGGCGUGGCACCCUCUCCCACAAAUGGAUCCAGUUUCUCCCUGCCCAGCAAUCUGACCACUGUCACUGUCACCACACUGAUGCCCUUGACCACCUUCUCUAAGCCCACAGGGCUACAGCGGCUCUAUUCCCUGUCCUACUUGUGGUACAGUGCCCACAACUCUACCACAGUCAUUGUGGUGGGCCUGACUGUCAGUCUACUCACUGGAGGCAUGCGAGGCCGGACCCUGAACCCUCGGACCAUUUACCCUGUGUUACCAAAGCUGCUUGCUCUCCUGCCCUUGUCCUGCCAGGAGCGACUUCCCUGCAAAAGCUAUAGCCAGGACCUCCCUAUGGACACCUGUCUGUUUCCAGAGAAGAUGAGUAAUGGUGUGCUGUGGGGCAGCCAAGAAAAGGAGGCCCUGGCAGUGCCAGAGGAAGGCUCAACCCACCAGGGCACCAGCCCCACCUUCAUCCUCCAAGAGACUGCACUGUGA